AUGGACCAAGAGGAGGCUCCACCACCCCCAUACUCGCCCGUCGACCCAUUACUCGCACCGGCAAACAGCCGAAACAACAAUCCUUCUCAAGCCCCGAUUCCUCCUGGGGCGAGUGCGUCUCCAACGCAGGAUGCCAGUAGCUCUCGUGUCCCGACACAACCGACAGUCGUGCCGACGCAUUUCAGAUCCGCCGCUGCGUACUUUGAGGAACGGCUUCCCUCGGUCUUAGACGAGAGCCGGGGUCUUCUGCAUCAUCAUAUGACCAUCUACCCUCGGAGCCAAGCCAAAGAUUUCCCCCGACGGCCGCGGUGCUGGGCCUCGCGAUUAGAUGAAAUUACCCAGCAGGACUGGGAUACCUUCUUAAAGUAUCUAUUUCCGCCGCAAUUAGGACUAGCUGCAUCCUCUCAACAUCUCCCGCGCCAAUUACGAGCAGAAAUUAGACGAGACCGCAAGGAUCGCCCACAGGAGACUGAUGAGCAACGGAGGGCUCGAAUCGCUGCCGUUGUUGCUGAAUGGAACGAAUGUUUUUUCGGGUACCGCGCUACACAUAUUGUCUUUAUAUAUGUAGGCGAACCUGAUUCGGCGCCGUCGUCCGCUUUAUGUCCUCGAUGCUACCCAGCGGCAACGGGGUCAAUAGAGGGCCAGCCAAUUCGAAAUCCAAAUGGUCCGUCGCCAGUGCCUGGGCAGCACGUUCCUGCACCUACCCCUUGGUCGAUGCCUCCUAUGUUCCACAAUCCCCGAGUACAUGUGCCUCCAUCUCCGUAUGGUGUAUAUGGUGUUCCUCCAUACCCUCCCCCCAUAUCUCCUAACCAACCACCUCAAUAUUACCCCCAUCCACCACAAGCCGCAUGGCAAUGGAACAAUUGGAACCAUCCACAACAGCAACCGCAAUAUUCCAACAACGGCAUCUCCAAGGGUGGGUCCCUCGGGUGGAUUUCACAGAUCGCAUCACAAGCGCAGAAAUAUGGAGAGCGGUUCUCCGAACAGGCGCAACAAUAUGGAGACCACAUCAGUGCACAGGCACAACAUUAUGGACGGCAAGUCGAGGAGCAGGCUCUUGCACAUGGGCGCUGGAUUGAAGAACAGGCAAGGCUUCAUAGUCGAAAAGCACCAAUGGUUGGACCUCCAUACGGUAGUGGUCACCAUCCUCAGCAAGCCUGGGAUAACUCGCCUCGUCCCAUAGCCAACAUCCCAAUGACACCCAUUCAAAGCCCCGGCCCGGUGACAAGUCCUAACCCGACGGGUUGGCCUGAGACAAGUAGUCAGAUCGAUAGCAACAAACCUAAGCCAUCAACAGAACAGCUUCUGAUCGAGCCUCCUACGCCUGAACGCACCAGGCGAGUAUCGGUGAGCUCCGUCUCAUCCGAGUCCUCCUUCAGCUCAAUUGACUCCAUCUCGACAACAUCGGACCUGGGCGUUUCAGACCUUGCCACGGUGCGCACUCAGCUAGAACUUCUAGAUGAUCGUCACGAUCGGGUAUUAUAUGACGCCGCCGUCGAUCUCCGCCGGCAACUCUCAGUCCUACAAGAGUCCCGCCGAGAAGCCAAGUUCUCCGGUAAAACCAACUGGCGAGCCGGUUUCAGCCAAAGCCAGCAAAACAACCAACAAUCCGGCGACGCCGACUGGGGUCGCUGGGACUCACCCGAGCAGCAACAACGUAACUCGGUCGAUAGACGCGCAAUCAAAGAAGAAAUGCGCGCUACCAAGAAAGCGUUCAAGGACACGCUGCGCCGAGCACGAGACGAGCAACGUGAACGCCGACGUGCUCGACGCCGCCAGAUCCGACAAGCUCGCGCUAAUGACGGCGAUAAGGCGAAAAAUAUGUAUGAUCAGCCGCUGAAUCAGCAGCUUGGGGCGUUGCAGCUGGAGGAUUCUCGGCCUAACCCACCCUUGCCUGCACGUCCGGUCAACACACGAACGCAGCCUAGUCCGGUCUCUACGCCGACUAGCUCCAUUGUCGGCUUUGGAUUUGCUUCCAAUCCCCCAUCCCCCGCUGGCUCCCGGCCGAGUACGCUAGAAUCGAUACCUUCUGGGGACUCUGCCGCUGGGAAGAAAGGGAAGCCGGCUGAUACGCCGAGUCGGUUAAAGGAUAUGUUGUUGCCGCGCAAGGCGAAGAAGGAUGAUGCGGGAAGUAAAUGA